CCGCCAUCUUCCAGUAAUUCACCAAAAUGACAAACACAAAGGGAAAGAGGAGAGGCACCCGAUAUAUGUUCUCUAGGCCUUUUAGAAAACAUGGAGUUGUUCCUUUGGCCACGUAUAUGCGAAUCUAUAAGAAAGGUGAUAUUGUAGACAUCAAGGGUAUGGGUACUGUUCAAAAAGGAAUGCCCCACAAGUGUUACCAUGGCAAAACUGGAAGAGUCUACAAUGUUACCCAGCAUGCUGUUGGCAUUGUUGUAAACAAACAAGUUAAGGGCAAGAUUCUUGCCAAGAGAAUUAAUGUGCGUAUUGAGCACAUUAAGCACUCUACGAGCCGAGAUAGCUUCCUGAAACGCGUGAAGGAAAAUGAUCAGAAAAAGAAAGAAGCCAAAGAGAAAGGUACCUGGGUUCAACUAAUGCGCCAGCCUGCUCCACCCAGAGAAGCACACUUUGUGAGAACCAAUGGGAAGGAGCCUGAGCUGCUGGAACCUAUUCCCUAUGAAUUCAUGGCAUAAUAGGUGUUAAAAAUAAAUAAAUAAAUAAAGGACCUCCGGGCUGUAAAAAAAAAAAAAAAAAAAGGUAGGUAGAAUUAAAAAUCUACUGUAGAGAAAAUUGAAGAGUGGGGUAAUGUAUAAUUGCAGUCAUGAUUAUAUAGAGAGUACCUAAAAGGCAAGAUUAAGAUCAAGGAUGGAAACACCCUGACUCACUAUGCAUGAGGAAAAUGUCUAGUUACCCUUGUCAACCAAGAAAGAUUCUGUUGUUCUUCUGCAAUCUAGACCUACAUGGACUUAGGAGCUUUAAAAGUUUGCAUCAUGAAUUUCCUACCGAGAGAGAGAAUUCAACUUCCACAUAGCUAAACCUCUAAGAUCAUCAAGAUUUUGCCUUUCCUGAAUGACAUCAAGAGUUCUUUGUAUUCAAAGACAACGCUGAAAGUAAGCUUAGUGUGAACUAAAUAAUGCUAAAAACAUCUCCUCAUUUUGUAUCUAUGAAAAACAUUAGUAAGAAAAUUGUUUUCUUCAUAAACUUACAUAGUUUGAAAUUAAACUCUUUUAUACUGAAGCUA